AUGGUGUUCUGGAAUGAGAGUACAGAUUGCUGCUCGUGGGCGGGGGUCACGUGCGACUGGUCGAAUGGUCAUGUGAUUGGACUUCACCUGAGUUGCAGCCACCUUCACGACACCAUCCAAGCCAACAACACCCUCUUCCACCAUUGUCACCUCCAAAGCCUCAAUCUUGCCUUCAAUGACUUCAAUUUCUCUACAAUUUCACCUGAUUUUGGCUCGUUUGCAAAAAAAAAUUUUCACCUUCCAAACCUACGAAAGAUCAACGUAUGGGCAAAUUGGGACCUCACAGGUAAACUUCCAUACUUCAAUGUGACUAGUUCCCUUCAGUUUCUUGAUCUCUCCGAGACAAGUUUUUUUGGCCAAUUGCCUAAUUCAAUCAGCAAUCUUAAAGCCCUGAAUAUUUUGUAUCUCUUUAACUGCAACUUUUCGGGGUCCAUUCCAGCUUCUCUUGGGAACCUUACACAAAUUACCAAUCUAGGCUUCGCGGAUAACAGUGUCGGCGGUCAAAUCCCCUCAUCAAUUUCAAACCUUGUAAAGCUUAAUGGCUUGUAUCUUGACGGAAACAAUUUUAAUGGACAAAUACCGGAUUCCCUUGGCAACAUGAGCCAACUUACUGACUUGUUUCUUUCUAGAAAUCAGCUAACUGGUACAGUACCAUCUUUGUUGUUUGCUCUGCCUUCACUGGUUGUUAUAAAUUUGAGUAACAAUAACUUAAGUGGUGUAGUGGAGCUAGAUAAGCUGCUUAAUCUAAAAUAUUUGUCCUAUUUUGAUCUCUCAUAUAAUGCUUCUUACAACUUGAGCGAAUUCCCAAACUUCUUGAGAGAACAAACUAGAUUGCGUUCUCUAGACCUUUCAACCAACAAAAUUCAUGGUGAAGUUCCAAAAUGGUUAUUCAAUGUGGGGAAAGAUUCAUUGCAAAAUUUAAAUCUUUCUCAUAAUUUCCUUAUAAGUUUAGAGCAUCUUCCAUGGAAGAAUCUAUGGUAUAUUGACCUGCACUCCAACUUACUCCAAGGACCACUCCCUGUUCCACCUAACACCACAAUUGUUUUCUCUAUCUCAAACAAUAAACUGAGCGGGGAAAUCCCCCCAUUGAUUUGCAGUCUGAGUUCACUUCUAGUUCUUGAUUUGUCUAAUAACAGUUUGAGUGGCUUAAUUCCACAAUGUUUGGGAAACUUGAGCAACAGUCUCUCAGUGCUGAAUUUAGGGAUCAAUAGCUUUUCUGGCACCUUUACUACAACAUUUACCAAAGGCAAUUUGCUAAGGAAUCUUAACUUAAAUGGCAACCAAAUUGAAGGACAAGUUCCACGAUCUUUGCUCAAUUGCACCUUCAAGACCAAGAGCAAUCAUCCAUUCCCUAAGUUGAGAAUUAUCGACAUAUCUUACAAUGAGUUCACUGGGCUUUUGCCAACAAACUAUAUCGAACAAUUUGAAGCUAUGACGAAUGUGGAUGAACAUGAAUUGAAAUUGAAAUACAUGGGUGAAUACUAUUAUCAAGAUUCUGUGGUGGUAAUGAUGAAAGGAUAUGAAAUUGAAUAUUCAAGAAUCUUAACGGUCUUCUCAAUCAUUGAUUUAUCAAACAACCAACUAGUGGGACGAAUUCCUCAAGGGAACCAAUUUAAUACAUUUGGGAAUGAUUCAUACAAUGGGAACUUGGCCUUAUGUGGGUUCCCCUUAUCAAAGAUAUGUGAGGAACAACAGCCAUUGUCACCUUCACCAACACUACAACAUGAUGAAAAUUCAGAUUGGGAAAGCGGGUUUAACUGGAAAGUUGUUGUGAUGGGGUAUGGAUGCGGCUUUGUAUUUGGAAUGGUUAUGGGAUAUCUUAUGUUUGUAACUCGAAGUCCAAAAUGCCUAAUGAAAAUUAUUGAAGGAAAACAAUAUAAGAAGAUGAAAAGGUCCAAGAAGAGUGCCCACUGA